AUGAAGUGCCAAGGGAAGAGAAGAAGAUCCAGGGAAAGAGAAGAAGAAGAGCCAGGUGUAGAGAAGAAGAGCCAGGGGAAGAAAAGAAGAGCCAAGCCCGGGGAAGUGCCAAGGGAAGAGAGGAAGAGCCAGAAAAAGAGAGGAAGAGCCAGAAAAAGAGAGGAAGAGCCAGGGGAAGAGAAGUGGAGCCAGGGGAAGAGAGGAAGCACCAGAGGAAGAGAGGAAGUGUCAGAGGAAGAGAGGAAGCGCGAGAGGAAGAGAGGAAGCGCCAAGAGAAGAAGUGCCAAGGGAAGAAAAGAAGAGCCAGGGGAAGAGAAGAAGAGUGGAAGAGCCAGGGAAAGAGAGGAAGAGCCAGGGGAAGAAAGGAAGCAUCAAGGAAAGAGAAGACGAGCCUGGGGAAGAGAAGAAGAAGAGCGGGGGGGAAGAGAGGAAGUGCCAAGGGAAGAGAAGAAGAGCCAGGGGAAGAGAAGAAGAGCCAGGGGAAGAGAAGAAGAGCCGGGGGAAGAGAGGAAGUGCAUGAGGAAGAGAAGAAGAGCCGGGGGAAGACAGGAAGUACAAGAGGAAGAGAAGAAGUGCAAAGGGAAGAGAGAGGAAGAGCCAGGCGAAGAGAGGAAGAGCCAGAAAAAGAGUGGUAGAGCCAGGGGAAGAGAGGAAGCGCCAGAGGAAGAGAAGAAGCACCAGAGGAAGAGCCAGGGAAAGAGAAGAAGAGCCAGGGGAAGAGAAGAAGAGCCAAGGGAAGAAAGGAAGUGA